CUCAAUCUCUCACUCUCUUACAAAAUGAAGGUCUCUCCUCGUUUAAUCUCAGCCGUUCUCCUUUUGUUCAUGCUCCUUGCCACAGUGACGGUGGAGGGAAGGACGUGUGAAUCGAGUAGCAAUUUGUUCAGUGGACCGUGUCUGAGCGAAAGCAAUUGCGCCAAUGUUUGCAACACUGAAGGUUUUCCAGAUGGUGACUGCCGUGGCUUCCGUCGUCGUUGUAUGUGCACCAGACCAUGUUGACUGUGUUGAUAGAUCAUAUAUGAUUUAUUAAUGAUCAUGAUGAAAUAUUCUCGAAAAAUAAUUAAUACUAAUCUUUUCUAUCAUUUUUCUGUUUUUUCUAAUCUGAUCUUUUUGCGUUUCAAACAACAACAAGGAGAUCUAAUUCUUGAAAGCC